GAUAAAUCUUGUUUAUGUCAAAUAAAUCUCAAUUGAACGAGUGUUAAACUGGACAUGAUUUAGACCGUCAGAUGGAGGCAUUACAAUUGGUUUGGUUACCUAUUGGUUUAGCUCUGAACGUAAUUGAGCAAGCACUGUUUUUACUGAUCCGCUGGUACGAUGCCUACUGCUACACCCCUCUGCAAACAACCUUGUCCCCAUUUGUUGCCAAGGUGCCACGCGCCGUAGAUAUCAGAGGUCGCAAGGUUGAUGUAUUCACUGCAAAUAUAGUGUCAUGGUCGAGAACGGCGCUUGUCAUUCCAAUAGCCUGGUGUUUAAAAUAUGACCACCCGUUGGUAGCCUUUCUGUGUGUUCUACUGCACGAUUUUCUUGACCACCUGGAUGGCAUUGUGGCCAAGGUACAGAAGUCCAUCUUCGGGCAACUAGAUGACCCGCUGCUCGGGGGAUUUAUGGAUGCUUUCUGUGAUAAGAUAGUAAACUGCUUAGCUCUUUGGUCAAUUUUGCUGGUGACCGAUUUUAGCUCUAUGACCACCAGUGAGACGUGGCUCUUUGUCGGCGCAUGCGCUGUAAUAAUCGCGUAUGAAUUUGUGUUAGGAGUUGUGAGGGUUCAGGACUACUUUCAGGCGUACUAUUUCAGAAAGUACUGUGCGGGGGAAGGACAGGAGUCCCCUAACGUGGCGGCGGUGAUGGAGGGGAAAUUGAAGGAGAAAUUGGAGUCUCUUGGCAUCGGCUUCCUGUGUUUAGCACAAGCCGCCGCCAACCCGAUGGAAUCUGUAUCGGGAAUGGUUGGCGUUCUUUGUUUACUACUGUCAAUUCGCUUGGCUCACGCAAGCCUGCAGCAUAAACUGAAGCCACGACGUCAACAGCAGAACAAUACUUCGAAACAACCUAUAGUUCACACGACUGUGACUGGUACUGACUCUGGGGCAAAGUUCACUUAUGAUGAAUCUACCGAUGGAAAUGACACGGAAGACAAGGAGAUCCAAGCAGAUAUCGAUGGCAACCAGGAGGUUCACAUCCCUGAGAUUCAUCGCAAUAUGAGCGUAUACGAAGCCGACUUAGAUUCCGACGACGACGACGAGAAAUCCGACGUUGAGAAAGACCAACUACCGACUACUCCCAGUCGGUCAUUGCUCACCAGGACCCACUCCGUUCCCACGUGGCGACCGGAUGGUCGAAAAAUGGACAAGGUGUACACAGUCGGCUGCUUCGAUCUUUUCCAUGAUGGUCAUAGAAUCCUGCUUGAGAGACUUCAGAGUCUUGGCAAACAGGUAAUCGUAGGAAUCCACGACAGCCGCAGCAUCUUCAAGCUCAAAAAGAAAGUCCCUAUUGACAGUACGACAAAGAGAAUGGCCAACGUGAAGAAAUAUGCGUCGAUGGUUUUCUGUAUACAUGGCACGGACCCCACCCCAUACCUGAGGUGUAUUUACGACGAGGAAGAGUCGUCUGAUAGUAUGUACGUGCGUGGGGACGAUAUGCCAAAUUUUCCCUCACGGAAGUUCAUCGAGUCCGUCAUGCCUAUUCACUUCCUGCCGUACUCGGAGUUUAUUUCGUCAACAAAAAUUCGAAAGGAAGUAUACAAUGCCUCCAUGUUUGGCCCGCAUGUUCUGAAUGAUGACGAUAACGACCACGCUGCAAUGUUUUAUUAAAAACACAUCUUUAUAAAAUAAAUGUGGAUAGUCUACACAUGCGUAUAUCAACUCAUAGUAUGUAUUUAUGCACCAAUUAUAAAUCAAUAUUUAUCAUGCAUAUAUUUGGGAAGACUUCGGUCUAACCCAUCUGUA